AUGAGACAUGGUUCGAACAAUUGUCUGCCACGAGAUCGAAGUGAAUUACGUUGCAUAGAAAAAUGUCGUGUUGCAAUCGUCGGUUUGGGUGGUGUUGGUACAUCAUUGGCUCAUCUGUUGAAGAUGUUUCCUGGAACAUUGACAGAACUUCGAUUAUUAAAUAGAAGUGAUCCAUCAGGAAUAGUUGAAGAAUUAAAUCAAUUACCAAUAAAACUUCCUGUUUAUGGUAUAGGUGGAAUGGAGAACCUUUGUCAAGGUUUAAAAGAUGUUGACAUCGUUGUAAUAUCGGCAGGUGCAACGAGAAAGAAGGAUACACCACGAGAACAUCUUUUCUCGGACAACGCAAAGAUUUGCGCUAACAUAUGCAAGGCCUGUGUACAAUCAUGUCCUACAGCAUUGAUAGUUAUAAUAACAAACCCCAUAGACACAUUGGUACCAGUAGCCGCUCAUAUAUUCAAAAAACACGGCUGUUACGAUCCAUCGAAAUUAUUUGGUGUUUGUUAUUUGGAUCAAUUAAGAGCACGCCAUUAUUUUGCCGAUUUGAUUGGUGCUAAUCCAAAGUGGACUUACGUUCCCGUUGUAGGUGGUCACUCGGAGAAUACUACCGUACCAUUGUUCUCUAAGUGUCGACCUAGCAUAAAAUUAACGCCAGAAGAGAUGAUGAAGCUUACCAAGGCUGUUAGAAUAGCCGGGAAGAAGGUCAUGAAGGCAAAGAAAUCAAGUACAACGUAUUCCAUGGCAUCGGCAGCCAUGUAUUUCAUUCACAGUCUUAGCCGUGCCAUUCACCACGAGCCUAACGUGAUUAUUUCCGCAUACACGGAAUCUCGCGUGACCCCAGCUCGUUUCUUCUCCAAUGAAUUGCUACUCGGUCCAGCUGGCAUCGAUAAAAAUUUAGGUUUCGGUAGGGUUAACGUGUUCGAACAGAAACUCAUUGACGAUGCGGUCAAGGUCUUACAAAAACAAAUUGCCAUGGUUGAGGAAUUUAUCGAUAAACUCCAUGUUUAA